UUGCCUUCCGGUCUCGUCUCCUCUUUCUCUGGUAUUCAUUUCUCCCUCAUGGGCUUCCCCAAAGAAGAAGCACCCACCUCCAAAAACCAACCCUCCUUCCCUUCCCAGAUCGAAGAAGAAGGAGAAGUAGAAGACAAUGGCGACGAGGACGAAGAGGAGGAAGACAACGAAGGCGAGGAAGAAGAAGAAGAAGAAGCCGAUCCAGGUUCAGGAAUGGAGAGAUAUAGGGCCAAAUUGGAGAGGAUGUUCAGGAGGUUGUCGGCCGAGAAGGUUAGCAUACGUGUCCAUGAUAUCCUGAUCAAGGGGAACUCCAAGACCAAGGAGUCUGUAAUCGCAGCGGAGCUGGAGCGGCUGAGGAAGGCCAGCACCAUGCAGGAACUGCUUCGGGCGGCAACAAUCGCUAAUGCGAGGCUGCACAGCUUGGAGAUAUUCGAUUCAGUGUCGAUCACCCUCGACGACGGACCGCCCGGGCUUCCCGGCACUGCCAACGUCGUCGUCCAGGUUCAGGAAGCCAAGAACCCGCUUGGGGGAGACCUGGGUAUCUUCUCGAAGCCGGAGGCUCGAUCUUGGUCUGUUGAAGGUUGCUUGAAGUUGAAAAACUUACUUGGAUAUGGAGAUAUCUGGGAUGGCUCUGGUUCCUAUGGAUGGGAUCAAACUGCAGAACUUAGUGCUGGAUUAUCAUUGCCAAGAUUUGGGAGAUUAUCCACCCCCCUAAGAGCCAGAUUUUCCUUGCUUUCACAGGAUUGGUUGAAAUUCUCAUCUUACAAAGAGCAACUUUUGGGUUUUUCUCUUGGAUUGAUUUCAACCAGACAUCAUGAUUUAUCAUAUAACCUUACAUGGCGCGUACUGGCAGAUCCAUCUCAUGCAUCUUCAAAAUCAAUAAGGAGACAACUAGGUCAUAGUUUGCUCUCUUCAGUGAAGUAUGUCUACAAAAUUGACAAGCGGGACUCACAACUGAGGCCAAAACGUGGCUACGCUUUCAUGUCAGCUUCUCAUAUUGGUGGCCUUGACCCAGAUAGUAGGUCCCUGCGGUUUGUGAGACAGGAGUUUGAUCUUCGUUAUGCUUUUCCUUUGGGAUUCUUUAAUGCGGCUGUCAAUCUAGGAAUUUCUGGUGGUGUUGUCUUGCCAUGGGGAAAAGGAUUUGCAAAUUUACCUUCUCCUUUGCCACAAAGAUUUUUCAUUGGUGGGCAUUCUUCUCCUGUAUGUACACUUAACGGACCAACUUCAUUGUUGGGGUUUAAGAGUCGGGGUUUAGGCCCAACUGAUGUGAGAAGGGUAUCCAUUGAUCCAUCCAACAAGGAAGAGUCUGAUGCCUGCCCUGGUAGGGAUGUCCUGGGAGGAGACCUGGCAGUCACUGCAUUUGCUGAUUUAUCUUUUGAUUUACCUCUUAAGCUGUUAAGAAAUUCAGGAAUUCAUGGCCACCUCUUUGCCUCUGCUGGGAACCUAGCCAAGUUAACUGAGAAUGAGUUUCGGAAUUUUUCACUUAGGAAAUUUGGUGAGUCAUUCCGAAGCUCAGUUGGGGGUGGCAUCAUUGUUCCAACCAAGUUGUUUCGUGUGGAGAUAAACUACUGUUACAUAUUAAGGCAGUUGGAAUAUGACAGUGGGAAGACAGGCAUACAGUUCAAUUUUUCUGCUUCAGCCUAGCUUGGUUGGCGUUAAUAACAGGUCCACAGCACAAUGUGGAUAAAAUUUUUCUGCUUAAUGAGCUACGAACUCGUAUGCCCUUUCAAAUGUUUUUCGCAAUUUCAUUGCAAUUUUUGCCUGUGGCCUCGCUUCUUUUUCCUGUUGCCGUAGACUGCUGUGUUGUGGUAAUCUCUCACUUUUGAGGUUAUUAUCAAGCAAUAACCCGUUACAUUUGAAAAACGCAACAUAAAAGAAAGUGAAUCAUUUAUGUUGUAUCGUGUGGGA